CCGGAAGUAUAGUAACUGGAGCCAGAAGUGAGACGGCGUUUAUUCAGUAUCAGUAUCCGCAGCCGCCAGGAGCCUUGCUGUCUUUUUGAUAAUCCAAUCCAGGUUCCCAAUUGCCUUUGGACUCAAGCCAUUCAUUUUUCUUCACUCAAUUUCAUUUCAAGAGCUUACCUUUGGUCCCUCACUUUGGUUCCCACCGGACACUCAUCUCUCACCUUGGUUCCAAGUAGCUGUCUGCAUGUGACAGCAGCCACACCCCGGUACACUGCUUCGACGGAUGGGCUAAGCCAGUUUUUGGUCAAUUACAACACAAAAUGGCAACUGACAAUAUGGAAAUUGAUGAUUCCCUCUACAGUCGGCAACGCUAUGUCCUUGGAGACCAUGCAAUGUGUCAGAUGGCUCAAUCCUAUGUUUUCCUAAGUGGUAUUGGUGGAUUAGGUGUUGAGAUUGCAAAGAACAUUAUUCUUGCAGGUGUUAAGGCACUUACCAUCCAUGACACCAAGCCAUCUGAAACUGUGGACCUUGGGUCUAAUUUCUUUCUGCAAGAGAAUGAUGUUACUAGUCAAAGAAACAGAGCCAAGGCCACAAUUUUACAACUUGCAGAGUUGAAUCCAUACGUCCGGGUUGAUUCUUCCAACAUUCUUUUGGACGAAAAUACAGAUCUUGGCUUUCUGCAGCAAUAUCAGUGUGUGAUAUUGACAGAGACUGGACUUUCACUUCAAAAGAAGAUUAACAGCUUCUGCCGCUCCCAGCACCCACCCAUCAAGUUCAUUAGUGGUGAUGUAUAUGGAGUGUUCAGCCGAGUGUUCUGUGACUUUGGGGAUCAUUUUGAGGUAUCUGACCCAAGUGGAGAAGAGCCAAAGGAAGUCUUCAUUCAGAAUAUCACACAGUCCAAUCCUGGAAUUGUAACAUGCAUGGACAAUCAUAACCAUGGGUUGGAAACAGGACAAUUUGUAACAUUUCGGGAAAUCAACGGGAUGACAGAGUUAAAUGAAUCAGUUCAGCAAGUAACAGUUCUGUCCCGGUAUUCAUUUAGUAUUGGAGAUACAACAACUUUUGGGCCAUAUUUGCAUGGAGGAAUUGCUGUGCAGCUGAAAAUGCCCAAAAUCUUUACAUUUGAAAAUAUGGAGACUCAACUUUUAAAUCCUCGAUGCUUUGUAGUAGAUUUCAGCAAAACUGAGGCACCCCUGCAGAUUCAUACAGCAAUGCUGGCCUUGGAUAGAUUUCAGGAGCAACACAAACAUCUGCCAAGCAUAGGAUGUCUUCAGGAGGCGGAGGAACUCGUGAAAUUGGCUUUAACUAUAAAUGAAACACUUAAGAAUAAGACUGCAGUUAAUCAUGAUAUUGUUAAGUGGCUUUCACGGACAGCAAGAGGAUGUUUGGCCCCUAUUGUUGCUGCUUUUGGUGGAAUAAUUAGCCAGGAAGCUUUGAAGGCACUCACGGGGAAAUUUUCUCCACUUCAGCAAUGGCUAUAUUUUGAUGCAACGGAGUUAUUUCAGACUCUAGAAGGUACAAAUGGUGAUCAGUUCCAACCACGAGGAGAUCGAUAUGAUGCUCUGCGUGCAUGUGUUGGACAUUCAAUCUGCCAAAAGCUCAGCAACCUCAAUGUUUUUAUGGUUGGAUGUGGUGCAAUUGGAUGUGAAAUGCUUAAAAACUUUGCCCUACUUGGUAUUGGCACUGCUUCCGAACAAGGAAUGGUUACCAUCACUGACCCUGAUUUAAUUGAAAAAUCCAAUCUAAACAGGCAAUUUCUCUUUAGACCUCAACACAUACAGAAACCAAAGAGUUACACAGCUGCAUCAGCCACCUUGACCAUAAAUCCCCAGAUGAAAAUAGAUGCACACCUCAACAAAGUGUGUCCAUCUACUGAAAACAUUUACUGUGACAAUUUUUAUACCCAAAUAGAUGUUGUGGUCACUGCUCUAGAUAAUGUAGAAGCAAGAAGAUACGUUGACAGUCGAUGUGUGUCAAAUCAGCGCCCUCUUCUAGAUUCAGGAACUAUGGGUACAAAAGGACACACAGAGGUUAUUGUGCCAAACCUGACAGAGUCAUAUAACAGCCAUCGAGAUCCUCCUGAAGAAGAAAUUCCAUUUUGUACAUUGAAAUCCUUUCCGGCAUUAAUUGAGCACACAAUACAAUGGUCCAGAGACAAGUUUGAAAGCUGCUUUUCAUACAAACCCUCAAUGUAUAACAAGUUCUGGGAUACAUACAAAUCAACUGACAAUGUACUACAGAGAAUGGUAAAUGGAGAGAGUUUAGAAGGAUCAUUUCAAGCAAUUAAAUUACUUAGUAGAUGGCCUACAGACUGGCAUCAGUGUGUGUCUCUGGCACGAGUAAAGUUUGAAAAAUAUUUCCAUCAUAAGGCUGUACAACUUCUCCACUCAUUCCCUUUAGACACUAAGCUGAAGGACGGAAGCUUAUUUUGGCAGUCACCAAAAAGGCCACCGUGUCCAAUACAGUUCAACAUAGAUGAUGAGUUGCAUUUCACUUUUAUAUUAAGUGCCGCAAGACUUUUUGCAGAAGUAUACAGGGUCCCUUACAUGAAACAGGAUAUCUCCAAAGAAAAUAUUUCUCAGCUAUUGUCUGAAGUUAAGAUUCCAAAAUUCACACCAUCUGCAAAACAAAUAGAAACUGAUGAAAACAUAAAGAAAUCUGACCAGGCAAAAUUUACAGUAAGCAGUGAAGAGGAACGAGUGGCCAUUGAUUUAUUAAACCAAGCCAGGAAAACAGGAGUUGCAACCAAAAAUCAUCUCCAUAUGAUGCCAGUCACCUUUGAAAAAGACAAUGACGGCAAUGGACAUAUUGACUUUAUAACAGCAGCAUCCAACUUACGGGCAAGGAUGUACAACAUUGAUGCAGCAGACAGGUUGAAAACAAAGAGGAUAGCUGGAAGGAUUAUUCCUGCCAUAGCAACAGCAACUGCAGCAGUAUCAGGGCUGGUGGCACUGGAGUUAAUCAAACUUGUUGCAGACCUUCCACUUGAAGCAUACAGAAAUUGUUUCUUUAACCUGGCUCUUCCAUUUAUGGUUUUUACUGAACCAGUGGCAGUAAAGAAAACACAAAUAAGGAAUGACAUCUCAUUUACAAUCUGGGAUCGAUGGACAAUUUAUGGAACAGAAGACUUCACACUGUUAAAUUUCAUAGAUGCUGUCAAAGAAACUUACAAUGUUGAGCCAACAAUGGUGGUGCAUGGAGUGAAGAUGUUGUAUGUGCCUGUCAUGCCAGGGCAUGUGAAGCGGCUGAAGUUAACAAUGCAGAAGUUAGUGAAACCAACAUUAGACAAGAAGUAUGUUGACUUGACGGUGUCAUUUGCGGCUGAAUCUGAUGGUGAUCAAGACUUGCCAGGUCCUCCAGUGAGAUAUUAUUUCAGACCUGAAGAGAAGUGAGCCCAGGCUUACUGUGAAUAUUGCAAUCCCUUCUACCUAUCUCCACACAAGAUGGAAUUUGCUAAAUGAUUCUACUUUACCGUGAUAUGAAUGUGUCUCAAAUUUCCUGCAUAUGUUGCAAGAUGCAGACUGCCUUAAUAAUUGUAAUAAAAUUUGUGUUUUCAAAUUCUAGCCAGCAUAUUGUAUUAUAAUGCUGUCAAGGCGGUCCAUACCCAAAGUAAAACAUCAUACAAAUCAUCUUUUCUUGUAUAUAGCCUUUAAUGUAAGAAUUUCACUAGCUGCUGUUUUAGACAAAACAAGGUAAAAUAUACAGUGGCUUGCAAAAGUGUGGGCAUCCCUGGUCAAAAUUUCUGUAACUGUGAAUAGCUAAGUGAGUAAAAGAUUUCCAAAAAGCAUAAAGUUAAAGAUGACGCAUUUCUUUAAUAUAUUAAGCAAGGAAACUUUUUUUAUUCCCAUCUUUUACAGUUUCAAAAUAACAAAAAAGAAAAAGGGCCUGAAGCAAAAGUUUUGGCACCCUACAUGACAGUACUUAGUAACACCCCCUUUGGCAAGUAUCACAGCUUGUAAACGCUUUUUGUAGCCAGCUAGGAGUCUUUCAAUUCUUGUUUGGGGGAUUUUCGCCCAUUCUUCCUUGCAAAAGGCUUCUAGUUCUGUGAGAUUCUUGGUCCGUCUUGCAUGCACUGCUCUUUUGAGGUCUAUCCACAGAUUCUUGAUGAUGUUUAGGUCAGGGGACUGUGAGGGCCACGGCAAAACCUUCAGCUUGCACCUCUUGAGUUAGUCCUUUGUGGAUUUUGAGGUGUGUUUAGGAUCAUUAUCCUGUUGUAGAAGCUAUCCUUUUUUCAUCUUCAGCUUUUUUACAGAUGGUGUGAUGUUUGUUUCCAGAAUUUGCUGGUAUUUAAUUGAAUUCAUUCUUCCCUCUACCAGUAAAUAUUCCCCGUGCCACUGGCUGCAACACAGCCUAAAGCGUGAUCGAUCCACCCCCGUGCUUAACAGUUGGAGAGGGGUUCUUUCCAUGAAAUUCUGCACCCUUUUUUUCUCCAAACACCCUUGCUCAUUGCAGCUAAAAAGUUCUAUUUUAACUUCAUCAGUCCACAGGACUUGUUUCCAAAAUGCAUCAAAAUGCAUUAGAUGUUCCUUUAAACUUUUGAAUAGAACUUUUUGGCUGCAACUGACCACCCUCCUCCCUAUCUGUGACAUUUACCGGGACCAUUGUAUAUAAAGCAUUGUUGAGGAUCCCUAUCACCCAUCCCACAAUCUCCUUGACCCACUACUUUUUUGUAGUUGUACUUUUGGAAGGAGGUACAGGAACAUCAGAAUUAGGACUGCCAGACUGGGUAACAGGUAACAGCUUCUUCCCCCAGGUUAUGAGACUACUGAAUACCCUGCCACAGCCAGGUCAUGCCACUGAGGAAGCAAGUUGUUUACUGUUUGCCUGUACUGUGUGAUAUACUGUAUGUAUUGUGGGUGUAUUAUGGUCCAGAGGAACAUUGUUUCAUUUCGUUUUGAAUAGGUGACAAUAAAUAUCAACAAACUUGAAAUUUUUUUAAAUAGAUGGCAACAUUGAUACAAGUCAUGGACCAAUUAUGCUUAAAGUAAAAUUACCCAAAUUGUCCUAAGCUUAAAUCAGAAUCAGGUUUAUUAUCACUUCCGUACAUCAUGACAUUUGUUGUUUUGUGGCAGCAGUACAGUGUAACUAUAAGUUACAAUAAGAAAUAUAAAAAAAAUAAAUAAGUUAUGUAAAAAGCAUUGAUGAACCUGUUGGAAUUCUUUGAGGAGAUUUCAGGAAUGAUAGAUAAAGGAAAUGCAGUGGAUGUUGUAUAUUUGGACUUUCAGAAGGCCUUUGACAAGGUGCCUCACAUGAGGCUGCUUACCAAGUUAAGAGCCAAUGGUAUUACAGGAAAGUUACUAACAUGGUUAGAGCAUUGGCUGACUGGUAGGAGGCAAUGAGUGGAAAUAAAGAGAUGGUUGGCUGCCAGUGACCAGUGGUGUUCCACAGGGGUCGGUGUUGGGACAACUUCUUUAAUGCUGUAUGUAAAUUAUUUAGAUGAUGUGGGCACGUGGCCAAGUGGUUAAGGUGUUCAACUAGCGAUCUGAAGGUCGUGAGUUCGAACUCCAGCUGAGGCAGCGUGUUGUGUCCUUGAGCAAGGCACUUAAUCACACAGUGCUCUGUGACGACACUGGUGCCAAGCUGUAUGGGUCCUAAUGCCCUUCCCUUGGACAACAUCGGUGUCUUGGAGAGGGGAGACUUGCAGCAUGGACAACUGCCAGUCUUCCAUACAACCUUGCCCAGGCCUGCACCCAGGAGAGUGAAGACUUUCCAGGCGCAGAUCCAUGGUCUCACAAGACUAAAUGGAUGCCUUAAAUUUAGAUGAUGGAUUAGAUGGUUUUGUUGCUAAGUUUGCAGAUGAUAUGAAGAUUGGUGUAGGAGCGGUAGUGCUGAGGAAACAGGUAGGCUGCAGAAGGAUUUAGAUUAGGAGAAUGGACAAGAAAGUGGCAAAUGAAAUACAAUGUUGGAAAAUGCACGGUCAUGCACUUUGGUAGUAGAAAUAAGUGUGCGGACUAUUCUAACAGGGAGAAUAUCCAAAAAUCUGAGAUGCAAAGGGACUUGGGAGCCCUUGUACGGAACACCCUGAAGGUUAACUUGCAGGUAGAGUCAGUGGUGAGGAAGGCAAAUGCCAUGUUAGCAUUCAUUUCAAGAGGUCUAGAAUACAAGAACAGGGAUGUGAUGUUCAGGCUUUAUAAGGCACUGGUGAGGCCUCAUCUUGAGUAUUGCAAACAGUUUUGGGCUCCUCAUCUAAGAAAAGAUGUGCUGGCAUUGGAGAGGGUUCAGAGGAGGUUCACAAGGAUGAUUCUGGGAAUGAAAGGGUUAUCGUAUGAAGAAUAGCUCUAGGUCUGUAUUCUCUGGAAUUUAGAAAGAGGGGAUCUCAAUGAAAUCUUUUGAAUGUUGAAAGGCCUAGACAGAGUAGAUGUGGAAAGGAUGUUUCCCAUGGUAGGGGAGUCCAGGACAGGAGGGCACAGCCUCAGGAUAGAGGGGCUUCCAUUUAAAACAGAGAUGUGGAGAAAUUUCUUUAGCCAGAGGUUGGUGAAUUUGUGGAAUUUGCUACCACAGGUAGCUGUGGAGACCAGGUCAUUGGGUGUAUUUAAAACUGAGCUUGAUAGGUUCCUGAUUGGACACGGCAUCAAAGGUUACAGGGAGAAGGCCAGGGUGUGGAGCUGAGGAGGGAGAGGAAGGAUUGGCCAUAAUUGGUGGAGCAACUCGAUGGCUUAAUUCUGUUACUAUGACUUAUGGCAUUCUGGCCAAUGUUUAAGCUCAUCUGGAACCGCCUUAAACACACGCAUUGACCGUUAAUCUUUUGUAACCAAUAUGCCAUAUACAGGUUGGAUAUUAUGUUUCCCGCUUCAAACUUUUUUCAUUGACUGUAAAGCACCCAAAGGUGAUCAGAUUGUUAAAUUUGCUUUAUUUUUACACAUGAUUUAAGUAAUACUGGAGUGGCAUACCACACAUCUAUAACUACAUUGCAGAAAUAGAACACUGGAGAGUACUGCACAUAAUCAGAAAAUCAGAAUCAGGUUUAAUAUCACUGGCAUAUGUUUUGAAAUUUGUUGUUUUACAGCAGAAGUACAUUGCAAUACAGAAACUAUAAUUAUA